UCACCAUAAUAGUGUUGCUGUGUGAAACGUGAUGCGGGCGGUGGGCCUGUGGUUGGUGAUGAUGGUGAACGUGAUGAUGUUUGGCAUGGCUGGGUACAUGUACUUGCUGUGGGUACAGUACUGGAAGUACAAUGGGGACAAGAAUGUGUACAUGGCAACCGCAGCGAAGUACAACGUUGCCAGAGCCUUCCUACCACAAAUUACCAGAGAUGGCUACGAGACCAUCCAGGUGCGUCGUGGCCGCCCCCUGCUACAGCCUCACGCCCCCGCCACCGACGACCCCGGUAGCUUCCUGCCCAUGACGUUCAUGCCCAGCGACCGACAGAUCGAGCAGAUCUACAACUUAAACAACCGUAACCCUGUGAUCGACGAUCCCAGAAACAAUGCCCGCAAAGAAACGUAUUAUCAUGACUCAAGAUUCAACGUCCGCGCAAGGAAAAACAAGAAAAAGAGUGAAAAACGCCGUAAACUUGCGUACGAAGAAGAGGAAGAGGAAGAAGAUGAUGACCAAGAGGAACCUCGAGUGCCGACAACUACGGCCAUGCCUUACGACCAACUCAUGGCGGUGAUACGCAGGCACAAGGCGGCCCUCACCACCAACCUCAGGUCCUAUCAGAUGGACGGCGGCAAUAUCCUAUACAAGCACGAGAAUCGCUACGGGGUGACAUACCCUCGCAAGGAACCCCAUGACCCCGAGAAAGGGCUCGACCCCAGCGCCCUGUACCCCCAGGCCCCCUCCCGCUCCGAGCUGCUGAAGGCGCUGAAGGAGGCUGAAGUGCGGACCCUCAGGGAUGGGGAUGAACCCUUCACGUCUGAAGGAUUAGCUCGACACUUCCCGUCCUCUGACGUCCUGGAAGGACAGCACUUCAACUCCUGCGUGGUGGUGUCCUCCGCCGGCGCUCUCAAGGGUUCGGGGCUCGGCCAGUUUAUAGACUCACAUGACGCGGUUGUGCGCUUCAACCAUGCGCCUGUGCGCGGGUUCAAGCGCGACGUGGGCAGCAAGACGACGCUGCGCAUCGUCAACUCACAAAUCCUGGCCAAGCCUGAGUACAAGUUCUGGGACUCUAGCCUCUACAGGAACGUUACGAUCCUAGUCUGGGAUCCCUCUAACUACUCGGCGUCUCUCAACGAGUGGUACCAACGCCCAGACUUCGACUUCUUCCCUGAAUAUUUCCGGCGUCGGCUGAUGCUGCCGCACGAGCGCCUGCAUCUCCUGCACCCCGCCAGCAUGUGGCGCCUGUGGGGUGUCAUGCAGGCCGCCACCCACACCCGCCUGCACCCCAACCCCCCCAGCUCUGGCUUCCUGGGCCUGGUGCUGAUGCUCCACCGUUGUCGCACGCUACACGCCGUUGAGUUGUUGCCAUCUCUGCGCCUGACGCCGCGUUGCCACUACUGGCGACCUGGCGACAACCUGGGCUGCACAUAUGGCGAGUGGCAUCCACUUGCCACUGAGAAGUUACUUAUUAUGUUACUUAAUGAGGCCAGUGAUACGGAGACUUAUCUUAAGGGGUAUGUUACGUUACGGGGCUUUGGUACUUAAUGAGGGCAGUGAUACUGAGACUUUCCUUAAGGGGGUAUGUUACUUUGCGGAGGCAAGUAAUUGUCGGGCUAUAAGUGCAUUAGUCUCCUUUAUGAAGAAUGCUCACUUAUAUCAUAUAGCAUGCCAGUGAUGUGUAAUAAAACAGCAAAUAUCAUCCUAAAAUACGUUUUUUAGUUAAAUAUGUAAUUAAUGAUAGAAACCGUAAUUAUCUCAAUCCUAGUUAUAACCCUGCCGCCAAUGUGAUACCAAAGAAUUUUAAGGUGAAAUAUAUGCUGAAUAUUUAUAGAUAUAAAUAUAUUAGUUUGCUUGAAAAGUAUGCAGUUCAUAUUGGGAACUUCUUUAGCAUUGAGUUUCUUCUCGUGACUCAAAAGUUCCCAAAAUGAGAAGCAGACUUUUAUUCAAACGUUUCUUAAUGGAUUUAGGAUAUUCCCUAGAUAUAAGGACAUAUUUAUUAUUAUGGUAACAUGACAUUUGUACGAUUUGUAUCAAGAAUAUUCAGAUUAGUUCCGAAUUGUGCAUACCUGCUAUCGGAUUGCAAUUCACGCGCAUAUACGCGUUAAUCGCGUGUCCAGUGGGAUUAUCGACGUGCGAUUACUGGACAUUACUGUUGUGCAAUAGCAGA